UUCCAGUUUAUGCGUCUCAGAUUCUCGUACGUGGUGAGUGCAGCUUCAAUUGUGGAGAGCCUAGCACCUAAAAAUAAUUCACACGCCAGAACCAGAGGCCUCAACAAACCUUUUUCCUCCCCACCAUCUAUUCCAACUCUUUUCAUCCUUCACCUUGGUGUCAUCUUUCCAAAUACCAUAUCUUUUUUUCCUUUUUCCCAUUUUGGAAAGAACACCAUGAAGGGUCAGCAUAGUUAUUGAUCUUUAUGCAUAGUUUGGUCAUCACCAUCUUGGCGUUUGGUUUCUUUCUUUCAUCUGGUGUAGGUUCCAUGCACUUUGUAAACCGUUUGUCCCUAGAGGAGGUUGCUUGAGGAAGACGAGGCCUAGCAACUUGUAUGCCAUUCGUGGGUAUAAUGGGUGGUGUAAUUGGAAAGAGUGAAUAUUCUGAAUUAGCAGAAACAAAACUGGACCAGAUGAUUGUGCAGGCAAUGAUCCGGAGGGCAAGUGAAGGAAGCAACAUGAGAUCAUUUGAUAGUAUAGUCCUGAAGUUCCCUAAAAUUGAUGAAAGCUUGAGGAAGGUUAAGAGCAUAUUCGAGCAAUUUGAUGAAGAUGAUAGUGGUGCUAUAGACCCUGAAGAGCUAAAUCAUUGCUUCCAAAAGCUCCAAAUUUCCUCGACCGAGGAGGAGAUAAGUGACCUUUUUGAGGCAUGUGAUAUGGAUGAGAGCAGAGGUAUAAAAUUCAAUGAGUUCAUUGUUCUCCUUUGCCUCGUAUUUCUUCUAAAGGAGCCUCCUACCAGUCGUUCAGAAUCUCGGAUGGGAUUAGCACACCUGGAGGCGACAUUUGAGACAUUAGUUGAUGCAUUUGUAUUCCUGGAUAAGAAUAAGGAUGGUUAUGUCAGCAAGAAUGAGAUGAUUCAAGCUAUCACUGAAACUUCUGUUGGCGACCGUUCAUCUGGGCGUAUUGCCAUGAAAAGAUUUGAAGAGAUGGACUGGGACCGCAACGGGAUGGUGUCAUUCAAAGAAUUUCUCUUUGCAUUCACUCGAUGGAUUGGUAUAGAUGCUGAGGAUGAAGACGAAAGCACAUUCUCACCUCAUGGUUAUCAAGGAUUUGGCAAGAUUGCAGGUUCAUCAGCAUUACAAUAGUGGCAGGUCCACAACUAAGUUCAACUAACAGUGCUGAUCGCCCACCAGAAUGUGGAAACUGAUGACCAAAUGCCAACAAGGUGCACGCGAAGAUGGUGGUCAUGAGCACGCGAACAUGGUGGCCAUGAAAUCCAGUCUGGGGAAUGCAGCUACUUUUUGACAUGCCGAUAGUUCAGCUCUUCCAGAGUCAAUCUAUACUUAGUGGCUUUUCCACAAUAUUGUGGUGCGCAUCUAGCUACCUCUUUAUGAUAAAUAGAGGGACCGCUGAACCCUUCAACGGGAACAUGUGGCUUCGUAUCACCUCUCCGAUUGACAUGCACUGAGUGUAAAGUGUGUCACAGUUGUUUUUGUUUAGAUGAUAAAGUUCACCUAUGUAUUCCCUGUUAAGAGGCUAGUUGGUUGGCUUUAUGAAUCCAUAACUACUUGGCAUCUCCUUAAAGGCAAGUUGAAGGAGCCACAGAAACCA